ACACAACACGUUCCGUUUACCAUUCGCAUAUCCUGGUACUUGUCAGCCACCGAAUCCAAUUCCCUUUCCAAAUUGGUUUUCCCUGCCCUUUAUUUUCCUGGACCUUCCUUUACCCGGGAAAAUAAGUUCCCCAGCCCACAUACCUUUCUUCUCAAUCACUAAUCCCUAAUUCUCAAAAUAUCAUUCUUAUUUGUCGUUUCUGUACCUUGAAUCGGCGAUAUCCAUGGAUGUUUCUCUCAUCGCCGAUGCGGUAACUGUAGCCUCGCAGCAAGGGUUAGGGUUUGCGAAUUCGCCUCUUCACCGACAAAAUUGCGUCUCCAAUGGCAACUUUGCUCUCUCCGCCAGAUUCCUCCAAAUCUCCGCCGUUAUUUUGGAUGCACUAGCUCCUCCCCCUGUUAAAUCCAACUCGUGUAAAACCACUCGCCGGACUCUUCUUCGCAAGAAGCGGCGGACGAGGCGGAGAUCGUGCAGCGGCGGAGGAUACGAGGAAUUCGGUGAGGAUAUCGGGUUUUGGGGUGGUGACGGUGACGGUGAUGGUCCUUUUGGUGGAGCUGGGGGAAGUUGGGGCGGUGGCAGAGGGUGGAAUUUUGACAGAUUUGGAGGGCAGAAUUGGGACGAGUCAUCGUGGUCGUCUUCUUCUGAGUUUGCUUAUGGGUUUGUUUAUGAGGUGAUUUAUUGGAUUGCCUUAUCGACUUGCAUGCAUUUUGCUUUCGAGAAGGUUGUGAGGAUCAUGGCCAAUGGAAUUGGUGAUACUGAGAGGGAGAAGGUUUCUAUGAGAUUGACUUCCGUUUGCUAAUUUGCUACAUGAUAUGAAUGGAAGGUAACGAAUUGGGGAUAAUAGUUAUUGUAUUCAGUUGGGGUAUCAUAUGCUAAUCACUAGUUGCUCUAUCUUACUUUUCACAGAUAAAUGUACAUAUUGUAUAUAUUUAUUUAUCCACAUUGUGUCUGUGAAUUGAUAAUGUUCCACUUUGGUUUAUAAUUUUCCAUUUUAUUUCGGUCUGCAAA